CACGUACUGAGGAGAGAAUAGAGCCUGCACGGGAUAUUCCUUACACAUGUUCCAGGGCUACUUGCCCCUGGCUUCCAAAUUCACCAUAUUCUGGGGUUUCUAAGGGAAAUCUCUGAUCGGGACAUAGGCAAUCAUUUCAAAGGAGCUAAGAGCCUAUCAUCAGUCGAUGCUGGACUGAGGAUAGUGUUGGGAUAGGCCAGCCUGAGCCAUGGCUCAUGGGAAGAAACCAGGGAAGAUCACCAGAAUCCUGGGACCCAGCCCUUCAUCAUGCCCAGGAGGAUCCAUAGAUAAGAAGCCAGGAACUAUUAGGAGAAUAUUGGCCCCCAGCCCUCCGCCCAUCCCUGGUCCCACAGGAUCCACAGAGGAGUCUAAUGAAGGUCCUCAUGAUGAAGGACCUCAGAAAGAAAGACCACAGAGUUUGAGGAGUAAGGACCCGCCAUCCUGCCCUGACCCCCUAUCCACAGGCGAGCCUACUGAUGAAGAACCCUGGGGUCUGAGCAGCAAAGGCACAACUGAAAGACUACAUGAUGGAAUUCGGAGUCUGAAGAGUGAAGGCCCUCCUCAACACUCGCAGAGCACUGGCAAUGAGGAGCUGGACAAUAAAAAUGAUGAGAGGACCCCUGGGCCUGAAUCACUUGUCCCUGCUAGCCCAACCCAGGCCCGCCCAACCCAGGCCUACAGCAAAAUGACCCAGGCCCAGAAAUACCCUCGGCAGUCAGACGCCCAGGUCCAGAACUACCCUCGGCAGUCAGACACCCAGGCCCAGAACUACUCUCGGCAGUCAGACGCCCAGGCCCAGCCCCGAUAUACCCAGCAGCAUCUCAGAGAGAGUCCAACGAGCCCCAGCACCAGGCCCACCUCUGACUCCCCAUCCAGUCAGGAGAGACAGUCCAGGGCUGUUAAACCAUCACCUGUCCUUACCAGUGCCAGUCCUUACCAGCCGUGUCUGAUUAGUCCCUCCAGUUCACCUCUUCCUGUCCCUGCUAGAGCUAGUGUCUCCUCCAAGAUCUCUCUGGACCUGCCCGGUGACUCCACCAACCCUGACAGCUUGGAGGAGGAGGAGGACAGCUGCUCAGAGUACGACAAUGUGGGUUCAGAUGUGGAAGGUGUGGAGCAAGACAUUGAUCAGGUGCUGCAGGUGGAAGACCAGGGUAUGGAGGUGAGGUACUACCCUGAGCCGCAGGAUGGUAUCUAUGUGGAACACCAAGACGGAACCUACAUGAAACACCAAGACGGAACCUACAUGAAACACCAAGACGGAACCUACGUGGAACACCAAGACGGAACCUACGUGAAACACCAAGACGGAACCUACAUGAAACACCAAGACGGAACCUACGUGGAACACCAAGACGGAACCUACAUGAAACACCAAGACGGAACCUACGUGGAACACCAAGACGGAACCUACAUGAAACACCAAGACGGAACCUACAUGAAACACCAAGACGGAACCUACGUGGAACACCAAGACGGAACCUACGUAGAAGAAUGUGAGGAUGGACCCUAUUGCCCCAAGGAUGCCACCUAUGUAGAAGGUGAGGAUGGUACCUAUGUGGAGGGUAGUGUGGAGGGGGACAGCCUGGAGGGGGACAGCCUGGAGUGGGACAACAGCACCACUGUACAAUACAAACCCACAAGGCCACUGUACGGCCCUGAGUCUGAGGAGAUGCAGGAUAAAGAUAGAAAACCCUGUAGCUCUUCUGAGAAUUACCAUCAGUUCAAUGACAAUCCACAUCAGACACCCAAGGCUGGAGACAAGGAAGAAAAAGAGGAGACCCGCCCAAAACAGGCCUACCAGACCCACACCUACCUGACAGAGUGCCAUACUGGACCGACAAAAGCCCACCCAGCACAGAACCACCACCUAGAGGCUCAGAGCGACGCCCGACAGAGCCAGCAGUCUAAGACACAGGACUGCAGAGACGGUGCCAUCAGUUCUAUAGCUAGAUCUGACUUCAUCACACCACACCCUCACCCUCCUCAAACCCCGGCCCAAACGCAGCACAGCCAGGCCCAGCAGACACACACCCAGCCUCCCCAGAUCUGCCCAAAACAGGCCCAUCCGACACAGACCCAGGCCCGACAGGUCCUGCCGACACAGGCCCAAAACCACAAGAGACAAGCACCCACCCAUCCGACACAGGCCCAGACACUGCAGCACCACAGAGAAGGUUCCACCAGACCCAGAUCCAGCAGACUCAGCAUCGCAGAGAGAGUCUCACCACUGAGCCUACACACAGCCAGGAGAGCCAGGCCCAGAUCCAGCAGACUCAGCAUCGCAGAGAGAGUCUCACCACUGAGCCUACACACAGCCAGGAGAGCCAGGCCCAGACCCAGCAGACUCAGCAUCGCAGAGAGUCUCACCACUGAGCCUACACACAGCCAGGAGAGCCAGGCCCAGACCCAGCAGACUCAGCAUCGCAGAGAGAGUCUCACCACUGAGCCUACACACAGCCAGGAGAGCCAGGCCCAGACCCAGCAGACUCAGCAUCGCAGAGAGAGUCUCACCACUGAGCCUACACACAGCCAGGAGAGCCAGGCCCAGACCCAGCAGACUCAGCAUCGCAGAGAGAGUCUCACCACUGAGCCUACACACAGCCAGGAGAGCCAGGCCCAGACCCAGCAGUCAGAGGCCCAGACCCAAGCCUGGCAAAUUCAGGAUCGGAGAGGGAGUCCCAUCACUUCUGACCCCCCUCCCGCCCACCAGACCCAGGCCCAGAACCAUCCUCAGCAGCAAGAGGCCUGGCAGACCAUGCAACACCGUAGAGAGAGCCUUACCAGCCCCAGGCCCGACUCUGACUCCCCACCCAGUAAAGCCCAAAAUGACCAGUUUCAGUCCCAGCAGCACUACAGAGAGAGUCUCCCCAGGUCCCGGCCCACUUCUGCCUCCCCUCCCAGCUACAAGACCCAAAUACAGGACCACACUCCCCACACCCGACAGACACCGCAGCAUCGCAGAGAGAGCACCACCAGUCCCAGGCCCCCCUCUGACUCCCCUCCCCUCCAGGAGAGCCACCAGGCCCACAUCCAGGCCCACUCUUUUCAGACCGAGAGCCAGGGCAGACAGACCCAGCAGCAUUGCAGAGAGAGCACCACCAGUCCCAGGCCCCCCUCUGACUCCCCUCCCCUCCAGGAGAGCCACCAGGCCCACUCUUUUCAGACCGAGAGCCAGGGCAGACAGACCCAGCAGCAUUGCAGAGAGAACACCACCAGCCCAAGGCCUACUUCUAACUCCACUCCUAGCCUGGAGAGCCACCAGGCCCACAUCCAGGCCCACUCUUUUCAGACCGAGAGCCAGGGCAGACAGACCCAGCAGCAUUGCAGAGAGAACACCACCAGCCCAAGGCCUACUUCUAACUCCACUCCUAGCCUGGAGAGCCAUCCACGGGCUGUCAAUGUAUCACCAGCUUCACAUCAGAGCACAGAGCCACAGAGGGAGUCCCCAGAGGAGAGACAGACAAGGACACAGACACAGAUGCCUCACAAUGUCCCAGAGCAGCAGCCUGGCAGGCCCCAGUGCCCAGAGCCCCGUGCCCUACAGAAGGACAGCAACAACACACCUCAGCCUGAACCAACACAGAACAACGCCUCGUUCCCCAGCUUCGUGGAUGUCCCAGGUCCGUGUGAGCCGGAGGACCUGAUCGAUGGGAUCAUCUUUGCUGCUAACUACCUGGGUUCCACACAGCUGCUGUCUGACAAGAACCCAUCUAAAGGAACACGCAUGGCCCAGGCGCAGGAGGCUGUCAGCCAGGUUAAGAGCCAAGAUGAAGACUCUCAGAUGGUGACAGAAGUUGACCUCUUCAUCUCCACCAAAGCAGUCAAAGUGCUGAAUGCUGACACGCAGGAGACGCUGAUGGACAGUGCGUUGCGUUCCAUAUCCUACAUCGCAGACAUCGGGAGCAUCGUGGUUCUGAUGGCUCGUACCCGUAUGGCAGGAACAUCCUCACAGGACUGUAGUGAAGCUGAUCUCUCCUCCUCAGAGGGACAGAGACACUACAGAAUGAUCUGCUAUGUGUUUGAGUCAGAAGACGCCCAGCUCAUUGCCCAGUCCAUCGGACAGGCAUUCAGCGUUGCCUACAGGGAGUUCCUCCGAGCCAAUGGGAUCAAUCCUAAGGACCUGAGUCAGAAGCAAUACAGUGACAUCAUCAAUUCCCAGGAAAUGUACAAUGACGACCUGGUCCAUUUCUCAAACUCUGACAACUGUAAAGAGCUGGAGUUGGAGAAGCAGAAGGGUGAGAGCCUAGGUGUGGUGAUAGUGGAGUCUGGCUGGGGCUCCAUCCUGCCUACGGUGAUCCUAGCUAACAUGUUGAACAGCGGCCCAGCUGCCCGCUCUGGGAAGCUCAACGUGGGAGACCAGAUCAUGUCCAUCAACAACACCAGCCUGGUAGGGCUACCACUAGCUACCUGCCAGGGUAUCAUCAAGGGUCUGAAGAGCCAGGUUCAGGUGAAGCUGAGCAUCGUGAGUUGUCCUCCUGUCACCACUGUCCUCAUCAAGAGACCCGACCUCAAGUUCCAGCUGGGCUUCAGUGUUCAGAACGGCAUUAUCUGCAGUCUGAUGCGCGGCGGUAUCGCAGAGCGAGGAGGGGUGCGAGUUGGCCACAGGAUCAUUGAGAUCAAUGGGCAGAGUGUGGUUGCCAUGCCGCAUGAGAAGAUAGUCCAGACCCUGUCUGUAUCAGUGGGAGAGAUCAACAUGAAGACCAUGCCUGCAGUGAUGUUCAGACUGUUAACAGGACAGGAGACUCCUGUUUACAUCUAGUCUCUCCAUGCCUGCUCCCUCAAUGGCACCCUUUUCCCUGUGUAGUGCACUACUUCUAACCAUGGCCCAUAUGGCUGUAGGUUCACUAUGUGAGGAAUAGGGUGGCAUUUGGUACUCGUACUCUCUCACUGCUUCUGCAUGUCUAGGAGAAAGAUGGUGGACAGACAGGAUGGGUGACAGGCAGAGGAGGCUGGUAUUCCAGCCAUUCCAAUGAGCCUGUCCUCCGGUUUAUAGUGACACCAGCCUCCACUGGUGACAGGGUGGUGGUACAUUAGCAACAUACAUUUUUUAUAUAUCAUUUUAUUUCAUUCAUUUCAACAACAACAACAACAACAAAAAUUCAACUUCAGGCUUAGUUGGAGUAGCCUGGAUAACACAUUGUUUGGCGAUGACGCGUAGUACAAUGUUAGCUAAACAGACUGGUACCAGGCUAUAAUUGAACAGCUACACUGUCAUAAUGGUUUGAUGUGUACAGUGUGUGUGUGUGUGUGAAUACGUGUGAAUACUGUUAAAAUAACUGUAAAUGCAAGGUAAAUUAUUAUGUUCUUAUGACUAGAUUGCAAACGCGCCACAAUUUAUUUCCAAUUUAAUAACAUGCAAGAUUAAACAAUGUAGUGACAUAAAUGUGUUGAUACGGUAACUGAACUUAUUGUAGGGAAGGGGUUGGUCUGUCGUUAUUCUUCAAUAGCAGGGAUAUUUAAGCUAUGUCCCGUGUAUACCUAAACAGAAUAGGACAAGGCUAUUCUUCAAUAGCAGGGGUAUUUAAGCUAUGUCCCGUGUAUACCUAAACAGAAUAGGACAAGGCUAUUCUUCAAUAGCAGGGAUAUUUAAGCUAUGUCCCGUGUAUACCUAAACAGAAUAGGACAAGGCUAUUCUUCAAUAGCAGGGAUAUUUAAGCUAUGUCCCGUGUAUACCUAAACAGAAUAGGACAAGGCUAUUCUUCAAUAGCAGGGGUAUUUAAGCUAUGUCCCGUGUAUACCUAAACAGAAUAGGACAAGGCUAUUCUUCAAUAGCAGGGGUAUUUAAGCUAUGUCCCGUGUAUACCUAAACAGCAUAGGACAAGGCUAUUCUUUAAUAGCAGGGGUAUUUAAGCUACAUACCUAAACAGCAUAGGACAAGGCUAUUCUUCAAUAGCAGGGGUAUUUAAGCUGCAUACCUAAACAGCAUAGGACAAGGCUAUUCUUCAAUAGCAGGGCUAUUGUUGCCUGGUCUGUCAUUGGAGCCUGCCGUGCAAAUGCAUAACUACUACCUUAGGAGUUGGUAAGACAACAACACAGACCGAUCUGGGG